AUGCCGGCUGGCCUGGAGAAAGCUUGUCACCGCUGCAUAUCCAAAAUUGCCAGCAAUGCAUGCUUUAUAUUUGGGCUCCUUGCUUUCCUUGCCUUACCAUUGUCCAUGACUUUUACAGGAAUGAAGUUUUUGGAAGAUUGCCCAGUUCAGCCACUAAUUCCAUUAUAUCUGUUGGUGGGUGGCAUGAUUGGCAGCUUAAAGGUGACUCUGCUACUGUACGACUCAACCAAGAUGAGGCAACUGCUUUCCAAGUCUGUUGUGAUCGAUGAUGAUGAUGACGACGAAUACCCCUGGAGGCAGAACGCUCACAAGUACUACAUCCAUCUAACCCUCAGCAUCUUCCUCUUCCUCUGGUUCAUUCUUGGGAACUACUGGGUGUUUUCAGUGUACCUGCCAAAUUUCAUCCCACCUUUUCACCAGCCUCAGGAUUACUGUGACAAAACCUUGUACAUUUUUGCUGUUGGUGUUCUCAUUAUUAGCCAUACUGUUCUCUUCCUCCUCAUCUUUUGUAGCUGUUGCAUAUAUCUUUUUUCCAGGCAAAGAUACUCUUCAGAGGAAGACUAAGUGCCACGUAAA